CUUCACCAGCCGCAUUACUAACUUUGUACAAAUAUCGAUUGAGAUGCGCGCGCAUCUUCUACGUUCUUUACUCAUAAGUUGUUCGCGCGUCUGACCGAUCGCUUGUGUAGCGAAAAGUGCCAAAAACGGCUUUGAUUUAAAAAAAGUAAUCACUGAUUUCGAACGUACCCCUUCUAUCGCUGGGCCGUUGCCCAGUGCGAAUUUAAAAAGUAAAAAAAAGAAAAAUGCACGCGCUCCCGUAAUUUGUUUUACGUUCGACUUCUCGUGCGAUUUAGAAGUAAAAAAGGGGGAAAGAAGGAAUUUUUUGUAUAAAAAGUUGAAUAAAACUAUUACAACGGCUACCUUAAGGAUUUUUAUUAAGCAUCAAAUGCAUCCGGCGUUCGCUGUGAAUGCUAAAAAACUUAAGCUAGGAUCGACGGAGUCGGAGGACCACUUUAAGUGUGACGUGCCUAUUUCAUUACCAGCGCCGCCUGACAUCGCGCCAUGUCUUUGCCGAGAGAGUUCAUCUUUAACCAGGAGCUGUCCAAGCUGGACCCUCAAAUCCUGGGCACCUCGGCGCCACCGACGACCGUCGCUCCUCUCUCCUGCUCCAUCGACCUGCCCACUGAUGCUAUCGAGGCAACCCUGUCUCCAGACAAAUCUGGCUCGCUGCUGUCUGUACAGUCGGCGCCGCCAGAGCAGAGGGAGCGGCCUCACAGCCUCAUGCUCGAGCUGCCGUUAGCCACUCAAGUGGGCGCAUACCUAUCCGCCAUGUCCCCCACCGAGCAGGAGGAGGACUCUCUGCUGACGCUCUCGUCAGUCACGGCGCGGCCGCUGCUCGCCGCGUCCAAGAAGCUACGCUCAGAUACGACUAGCGAGUCCACGUCUCCCCCGGACGGCGGCUAUGGCUGGGUGGUGGUGUUCGGCGCCUUCAUGGUGCAGUUCUGGGUGGCAGGGCUCUUCAAGUCGUACGGCGUGCUGUACGUGGAGAUCAUGGAGACCUUCCCGGACAGCUCCGAGUCCGUGGCUUCCUGGAUACCGGCGGCACUGUCCACCUUGUGUUUGGCUCUAGCCCCGUUGUCGUCAGCUCUUUGCGAGAAGUACUCCUGCCGACUGGUGGUCUUCAUCGGGGGUCUAUUCUGCGGGACAGGUCUAGCGCUGUCCUACUUCAGCACCGGCCUGCUGCAUCUGCUGUUCAGCUUCGGAGUCCUGACUGGAAUCGGCGGUGGUCUCUCCACUACGCCGGGGAUCGUCAUCGUUUCACAAUAUUUCGACAAGCACAGAGCGCUAGCCAACGGUAUAUGCGUGAGCGGGACGGCCGCCGGCAGUUUCGUGUUCCCCAUGCUUAUAGAGAAGCUAGUCGGCAUGUAUGGUCUGCAUGGGACUGUACUGCUUUUGGGUGGUGGAAUGCUCCACGUCUGUGUGUCGGCGACUCUGUACCGCGAUCCUCCCUGCGUGAGAGAACGAGCCUCCCCCACCACAACCACUACAGAGAACACUACAUUGCUGACCGACAUACAGGAGGGUAAAACGGAACCCAAGGACAAUCGCCUCCAGGCCCUGUUCCAGCCCGACGCCGAGAACCACAAAAACGCGCUGCUCACUGAGGAGGCGAAACGGAACGAUCUUCUGGCAGAAAUUAUGCAUCCCAGGCUUAUUGAGGUGACUCGACAAAACAACACUCUGCAAAUGUCUGAUUCUGAAGACUCCGAAGGAAUGGAUGUGUUGGGCGUUGUCGGCCUCCCACGGGAAGUGGCGCGGCUCCGCCUGCGGCCCACGCGCUCGUCGUCCAUCCUGCACUCCGUCGAGGACCUCUCCACCGACAGCACCUGCGUCUACAAGCGACGCAAGCUCAGCAGAUCUCUGUAUAUCAAGCCUCCGCUGCCCCGUCUGAUUCCGAAACUCCCCGAGCCGAUCAUCAUCAAGUCAGACCCUGAGGAGCAAAAGGUGGUCGUCAAGAAGAAGACAUGUAUUGAGAAGAUAUCCAGAUACCUCGACGUGUCGCUGCUAAAAUCCUGGCGCUUCGGUCUGCUGUGCGCAUCGGUAGCCCUCAUGUCGUGGUGGUCCCCUUAUGCACUGUACUACCUGCCCGCUUACACCGUGUCCGCCGGACACAGCAAGUCCGCCGCUGGUCGGCUGGUGGCGAUCAGUGCAGUUCUGGACCUCUGCGGACGGUUAGGAUUGGGCUGGCUCUGCGACUUGCAGCUUUUCUGCAGAAGAAAGGCUUACAUCCUCAGGUAAGUGCAUUUACUGCUGAGGGCAUUCGUCGAACAUCGAAAUUUCGUUACCAGCCUUUCUAUCGUUUGAAUAUGCUAGAGCGAAAAAGAGGCAGAUAAUGACAUUUCUAUUUGCGUUGUUUGCGAUGGGA